AUGAAUGAGACUGAUUUAUUAAGAUGUAAAAGAGAGCAAUUUCACACUGAAAUUAGAAGAAAUCAACUUGAAAAGAUCUUCAAUUUGAAAAGAAAAAUAACAAAUUCUGAUUCUUAAAUUUCUGAUUAUUAUGCUUAGUAAAUGCAAUAUAUGGGAAAAAUUAAAUUACUAGAUCUACUAAUAUUGAUUAAUGAAAAAGUAAAUAAACCUAUAGUUGAAAUGGUUUAAAAUGAAUUAGGUUUCUAAUUGUGUAAAUUACUUAAUUUAAAUGAACUCUAUACUAAUUGGGAUUUAUUCAAAAAUAUAUUGAUUUAUCUAAAUAAUUUAGUAUUAUUACCAGAUGAACAUUUGCAUAACUAUCCUAAAUUUAAUGAGAUGCUUAUCUCAUUUUCUUAGCUUUUCAUUUUAUUGGAGGCUGAAAUAUUUCGUUAAGGUAUAUGCAUAAAAGGAAAUGAUCAGAAUUGUCCAUUAGAAAAAGGACAUGAUGAAAUAUCUAGAUUAUCUUAUUCAUUUAUUAAAAUUGAUUAGAUUUUGAUGUAUUCUUCAACAACAUUUUAGUCAAGAGGAGAAUUAUUAAGAAGUAAGAUGUUUACACAUAGUAUUUGCCAUGCUUUUCAUGUAUAGAUAAAUUCUAUUUAAUUUAGAAUUAAAUGGAUAAUAGUAUUCUUGAAUUACAUUUACAAUUGAUAGCAUCUUUAUUGUAAGAUUUGUACAAAUAGGAUAAUGAUUGCAGAAAACAUGCAGAAGUAUUCAUUAAACCAGUAUGUACAGCAUUAUCAACUAAAAAUUUGGAUAAAUUAAAUUAUUUAUUAUAAAUAUUACUCAAUUUAACAUUUGUUGGAAUGCAUAAUGGUUAUGUAUUAAAUAUUUUAUUAGACAUUAGAUUAUAUAAAUAUUUAAAUUUAAUGGUGCUUUAGAAUUAAUGUAAAUAUUAAAUGAAGGAUUAAAUGAUUAAUUGACAUUAAGAAUUUUGGCAGAAAUAGCAUCUUAAAGUCCAGCUCAUAUUGAAAUCUUGAUAAAAAAUGGAUUGUUGUAAUAAUUACAAUAAAAAUUAUGUUCAAAUAAGUAUUUAUUAUUUAAGAUUAUUAUAGUAAAUUAGUUUAAAAUUAAGCAUUAUGGGUAUUAGAAUUCUGUAUUUGUGGAGGAAAAUAAUUUUAUGAUAUAAUAUUUCAAUAAACUGAUAUAACUAGUUAUGUAAUCUAAUUAUUGAAUUCAUAAGAUGAAUAAAUACAUAUUUAAGCUUGUUUUACUUUAUGUGCAUAUUUAUAGAAAGGUAAUUAUUAAUAAACUCAAUAAUUAUGUUAAUCUAAAAUACAUAUACAAGUAUUUUAAUUUUUGUAAUUGCAAAAUGUAGAGUUAAAAUAGGCUAUUCUUGAAUCGAUUAUGGAAAUACUAAACAAAGAAACUUGGUAUAGUAGUCAAUAUGUAUUGAUAUCAUAGUCAGAAAGAGAAAAUUUACGUUAUAUUUUAGAGAAAAUUGAUGAAGACUAAUCUAUUUUUUCAAUGAUAAAUAAUGUAUUAUCAUAUUUAUGA